UUGUGCGGCGGACAAAUGGGGAGAGGACGAGGAGGUGGGCACUCGAGCGACGUAAGAUCCACAUCAGCUCAACUGCACUCGUCUCGCAGAGGCCACCCGCUCACUUCCCGCGGAGGCGCUCCCGGGCGCCGCGCUCCGCGGCCGCCGCCUGCCCCCGCCCGCCGCGCCGCCUCCGCCGCGCCCCGCAGCGCCUGGCUUCCUCCUUGCUAGGGUGGCGUUGGGCUGGCGCGGGCGUUCGGGUGACUGCAGCUGCUCGGCUCUCCGCCCCCCGCCCUGCGCCGCGCGGCUGCCCCGUCGCUUCGCACAGGGCUGGAUGGUUGCAUCGGGCAGGGUGGCUCCAGGAUGUUAGGGACUGUGAAGAUGGAAGGGCAUGAGAGCAGCGACUGGAACAGCUACUACGCGGACACACAGGAGGCCUACUCCUCGGUCCCCGUCAGCAACAUGAACUCGGGCCUGGGCUCUAUGAACUCCAUGAACACCUACAUGACCAUGAACACCAUGACCACCAGCGGCAACAUGACCCCAGCUUCGUUCAACAUGUCCUACGCAAACCCAGGCCUGGGCGCCGGCCUGAGUCCGGGCGCGGUGGCUGGCAUGCCAGGAGGCUCCGCGGGCGCCAUGAACAGCAUGACGGCUGCGGGCGUGACGGCCAUGGGGACAACGCUGAGCCCCGGUGGCAUGGGCGCCAUGGGCGCGCAGCCCGCGGCCUCCAUGAACGGCCUGAGCCCCUACGCCGCUGCCAUGAACCCGUGCAUGAGCCCCAUGGCGUACGCGCCGUCCAACCUGGGCCGCAGCCGAGCGAGUGGCAGCGGCGACGCCAAGACUUUCAAGCGCAGCUACCCGCACGCCAAGCCGCCCUACUCGUACAUCUCGCUCAUCACCAUGGCCAUCCAGCAGGCGCCCAGCAAGAUGCUCACGCUAAGCGAGAUCUACCAGUGGAUCAUGGACCUCUUCCCUUAUUACCGGCAGAACCAGCAACGUUGGCAGAACUCCAUCCGGCACUCGCUGUCCUUCAACGACUGCUUCGUCAAAGUGGCGCGAUCCCCGGACAAGCCAGGCAAAGGCUCCUACUGGACGCUGCACCCGGACUCCGGCAACAUGUUUGAGAACGGUUGUUACUUGCGCCGACAGAAGCGCUUCAAGUGUGAGAAGCAGCCAGGGGCCGGGGGCGGAAGCGGGAGCGGAGGUGGCGGCGGCGGCGGCGCCAAGGGCGGCCCGGAGAGCCGCAAGGACCCCUCGAGCGCCGCCAACCCCAGUGCCAAUUCUCCCCUUCAUCGGGGCGUGCACGGUAAGGCGGGCCAGCUAGAGGGCGCGCCGGCCCCCGGGCCGGCUGCCAGCCCCCAGACUCUGGACCACAGCGGGGCGACAGCGACAGGGGGCGCCUCGGAGUUGAAGACUCCAGCCUCCUCGGCGGCGCCCCCGAUCAGCUCUGGGCCAGGGGCACUGGUUUCUGUGCCUCCCUCCCACCCGGCGCAUGGCCUGGCACCCCAUGAGUCCCAGCUGCACCUGAAAGGGGACCCCCACUACUCCUUCAACCACCCCUUUUCCAUCAACAACCUCAUGUCCUCCUCGGAGCAGCAGCACAAGCUGGACUUCAAGGCGUACGAGCAGGCACUACAGUACUCGCCCUAUGGCGCUGCGUUGCCCGCCAGCCUGCCGCUCGGCAGCGCCUCGGUGGCCACCAGGAGCCCCAUCGAGCCCUCAGCCCUGGAGCCAGCGUACUACCAAGGUGUGUAUUCCAGACCCGUCCUAAACACUUCCUAGCUCCCUGGGACUGGGGGUUUGUCUGGCAUGGCCAUGCUGGUAGCAAGAGAGAGAGACACACAGAGAGAAAAUCAACAGCAAACCAAACCACACAUAUCGAGCCGACAACAGCAUAAUAAAAUCCCAACUAUUUUUAUUUUUUUUUUUGUGUGUGUGUGCACAAUCUUUUCCCCAGUGCAAAGGACUGUUACUUUGUUAUUGUAUUCAAAAUGCCUUGUGUAUAUUAUUACAAAGAAAACCCAUCCCAAACCAACAAAAAAUUUUUUCCUGCCAAGUUUAACGAUCCACAAAUGUAUAUAUAAAAUCUUCCUAUUUCCUUAUUCCUGUCCCUUCCCUCUUUCCCCUCCAGACACAUUCCAGUCUGUGCAGGGUUUAUUUAAAAAAAAAAGAAGAAGAAAGAUGGUCAAACUUGUAAAAUAUUUGUUUGUGCUUCCCCCCCUUCCACCACC